AUCAGCCUUGCAGACUGGGGUCGCAAGGCCAUCGAGAUUGCUGAGAAUGAGAUGCCAGGGCUGAUGAAGAUGCGGGAGAUGUACGCGGCGGCCAAGCCCCUGCGCGGCGCCCGCAUCGCCGGCUGCCUGCACAUGACCGUGCAGACAGCAGUGCUCAUAGAGACCCUGAUAGCCCUGGGAGCUGAGGUACAAUGGUCAAGCUGCAACAUUUUCUCCACUCAGGACCACGCUGCAGCUGCUAUUGCAAAAGCUGGUAUCCCUGUGUUUGCCUGGAAAGGGGAGACCGACGAGGAAUAUCUGUGGUGCAUUGAGCAGACCUUGUACUUCAAGGAUGGGCAGCCCCUCAACAUGAUUUUGGAUGAUGGUGGAGAUCUUACCAACCUCGUUCAUACCAAAUACCCACAGCUCUUGAAAGGAAUUAGAGGUAUUUCAGAAGAGACAACAACUGGAGUUCACAACCUGUACAAGAUGAAGGCCAAUGGGACCCUGAAAGUGCCAGCUAUCAAUGUCAAUGACUCUGUCACCAAGAGCAAGUUCGAUAACCUGUAUGGCUGCAGGGAGUCCCUGAUCGAUGGCAUCAAGCGCGCCACGGACGUGAUGAUCGCGGGGAAGGUGGCGGUGGUGGCCGGUUACGGUGACGUGGGCAAGGGCUGCGCCCAGGCCCUGCGGGGCUUUGGGGCCAGGGUCAUCAUCACUGAGAUCGACCCCAUCAACGCCCUGCAGGCAGCCAUGGAAG